CCUUAUAUGCAUAACCAGAUUUUGCAUAGAUACGAAGGUUCAAUGUAGCUGAAGCCAAAUUUCCGAUCUUGAAGAUUCAAGAUCGAUGGACGGCUGAUCGUUUCAAGGUUACGCUGGCGUUGGACCGUUUGCUACCGGCAUUGCCCUCUUGCUGACCAAGGUCCUCCUCACACAACAUCGUAAUAGCCACGUCCUUCCCUUCUCAACCAUUUCAUGCGCCUGAAAAGCAGCUGGUGGAUGCCGAUCCAGGAUUUACCACUUCAUAAUCGUCUAUGCCAUGAAAUCUCGCCAUUUCCCAUCCGUGGAGUACCAACAACCAUCAUCUGAGGAAUGAAUGGUCCAAGUUCCAACCCCGAGGAACAUGGCAUGAUCCUCUCCGGUCGCGUGAACUCUGUCGUAAGUGUGACUCUGUCGUCAGCGACUCCAAAGCUGUGUGAAACGGCGGCAGCGCCCAAUCUGGAAAGCUCCGGCCGAGACUUUGUGGUGAAGGCUGUAGGGCUGAUUUGAUUUGAUGCCAGAGAACGUCGAGGCGUACCUCGAAGGCACGAUGGAUUGUACCACCUUCGAGCGAAAACUGCCCUCGGCCAGUGUUGCGUAGCCCUGCGUCUCUCCGUCUUCGCCGGGCCUUUGGCUUGCGCUGGUUUGUAGAAAUGCCUUGCAGUGACUCUGGAGUCUGCUGCGUUCGGUCCGAAGUGCACUCAAGUCGUGCCCAUGACAUGCGCCCAAAAGCCACUGCUCUUCUCAG